AUGAAUACGGCCAAUCAGACGAUCCACAUGUCCACUGGUGGGAAAUGGCCAAUCGGAGCAGGAAACAGGGCAAUUAUGUCGUCGAAAGAAGAGUAUUCAGCAUACUCAGAAACAUCGGCGUAUUCAGCAACAUCGGACGAGGAGGGGCCAUACGAAUGGGGCGGAGAUGGAUACAUGAAUACUAAAUUUCCAAAGCCGGAUAUCCCAUAUGUUGAGCUUAUCGUAGAGGCAUUGGAAAGUGCAGCACCAAAAAAAAUGUUAACGCUUACGGAAAUUUAUAAAAGGAUCAUGAUGAAGCAUCCAUACUUUAAGACGGCCCCGUCAAGGUGGAGAAACUCGAUCAGACACAACCUUUCCUUGCACCCGAGAUUUGCAAGGGUCGCUCAGGCAGACAAGUCAAAAGGAUCAUUUUGGAAAUUUGCUACGGGAGAUUCUAACGAAGAGCCCAAGCCACAAAGUUCGUUAAAAAUGAGCAAUUCAAAGAGGCAAAUGAAUCCCCGCAUACUGGCUGGGUAUAAACAGGCCAUUAACUUUUCUCGUGUACAAAAUCCGGAAAAUAGCCGACCGAUAUUCUCUGUCAAACAUCCAGCUUCGUUUCGAAAAAAGCAAAAGAAGAAACAUACGGAAGGAUACACCGAUUUUUAUGAUGACGACAGCUCCCUAUCGCCUUCUUUGAGAUGCUGGUCUCCGAUAGCCCAAAUUUCGCGGCUCUCCUCGGCAGGAGAAUCUGAUGAUGAGAAAAACGAAUGCCAGCAAAAAAGAGGCAAACUAAUUUUAAAUCUUGACUAUGGCGAAGAUUUGAAUCCUGUAAAUAUCUUUUCAUACUUAGACAACUUGAAACCGGUGGAAUCUCCAGUCAUAUGGUUCAAGGCACAAAACUCGAAUCAACGAGCAGAAGCUGAAUAUGGCUAUUCGCAUUCGUAUUAUAAAAAAAAAUAUUGGAUACUGCCUCAAUACAACUAUGCUGCUCAAUGCAAUUAUGCUGCUCACUAUCAAGCCGCCAUACCCCGCCCAUCUAUAAAAUCGAUUCCAAUUGCAUAUCCAUCAAUUGUCGGAUCAAAAUACAAUUUUUUGCUCGGAAUGAUAGAAUAG